AUGACCAACCAAGUAUUGAUUAACAACAAUGCUCCAUGUUUGGGAGCCGGAUCUGCUGAGCCAAGCCCUCCUGAAGAAGGAGUGGUUCGUAUUUACAGCAUGCGUUUCUGUCCUUGGGCUCAACGUGCUCUUUUCUAUGUAGCCAGACAUGGCGUUCGUUCCGAAGUGAUCAAUAUUGAUCUCAAGAAUAAGCCUGAGUGGUAUUUCAAGAUACAUCCUAAGGGACAAGUUCCGGCUCUUCAAUAUAACGGACAAAUUGUCUUGGAAUCGGCUUUGAUUCCUGAGUUCUUGGAUGAUACAUUCCCGGACACGAGAGUGUUGCCAACUGAUCCAUACCAAAAAUAUCAGCAAAAAUUGAUUUAUGACCGCUUGUCUUCGAUCGGUGAUGUCCUCUUUGGUCUGGUAGGCGCUGCUAAAAAUCCUGAACUAAAGGCUGAAAAGUAUGAAGCAGUCGAAAAGUUCUUCGAGUUGGCUGAAAACCAGUUCACUGAUGCAUUCCUUGGUGGUGCCACUCCUGGAUAUACCGAUUACUUGUUCUUCCCCAUAUUCGAAAGAUUCCGUGGGGUAUCUCUGCUCGGAUUUGCUCCUUUCUCUCCUGAGAGCUUCCCAUCCGCAAAAUAUCCAAAGCUUCAAGCGUGGUACAAAGCUGUCCAGAAGUUGCCUGAGAUAAAAGCUGGAAAUCAAAACUUUGAAACUACUGUACAAUUCAUGCAGUUGUUCUUCGCUGGAACUCCAAAUUAUAACCUUGGACUUUGA